UGAAUUAGUUACUUAAAGUAUUUACUUUUCCUUGAGAAUCAUGGAUAUUGGUGGACAUGCAGCUCGGGAGCAGAUCAUUGAGGCUUGUGGAGUUCUGUAUUGGGUGAAGGCAGCAACCUAGGGAAGUAUAUUGAAAUACUAAGAAUUGUGGCUUUAUUUUAGAUAUUUUAGUCCAAAUGCGACGAGGCAUCGUGAAAGUUGUUUUUUAAAAAAAAUAAAGUAGAAUUGACUGAGUUUGAGGACUGUGGAAGGUUACUGUUAAAAGUUUUGUGGGUUUUUUUGGUUAAGAUUUAACAUCUUCGUAAAAAUUUGGGCUAAAUAACACCAGCCCACAAGUUGUUUUUUAGGUAAAAUCAUUUGUAUUGAUCAAAGUUCCACAAGAGGGAAAAAUUAAAAGUGAGUUUAUUCUUAUUCUGUUGGUAGUAUGGUGAAUAGCGUAUGAAAAAAAGUCAAUUCAAGCCCUAUAAACCUACAUUCGGAUGUAAAAUAAUUGAAUAAUAAGUAAAAAUAGUCAUGUAAAAUUGAGGAUUAGGGGGGUCUCUGGCCAGAAGCUUGAUGGCAGUAACUGAAAAGGGGGCAAAAGGGAAGAUCCUGUUAACCCAGUUCCUUUCCUUUUUCUUAUACAUUUAAAACCUGUUUGUGGAAGUGAGGCUGAGAUCAGGUCUGAGAUGGGAGCAGCGUUUAGGCUGGGGUCAGGAGAACGGCCAGGGUUUAUGUGUGAGUUUGUUUUGAUGCUGUUUUCUAUAAAUGCCUCUACUGGGAAUUUAAUUCCAUAGAGGUUUUGGCCUAUGGGAUUAUAUAUUGAUGAAGCUGACUCGCAGAGCUGUCCAGUGUUAAUGUGUUUCUGUUUUUCAGCCAGUCAUAAUAUCCUACUAAAUAUAAUUUGCCAGAAUUACCAGUGUAAUUUGUCUUAGACAUCCAACAUUUCCUGGAGUACUAAAAAAAAAGUGGAGUUUUCUGUCCUAUGUUAUUUGGAGUAAAAAUUUCACUGGAUGCCUGAUGUUUUUAAAAGGAUUUCCAUUUUCAAGCAAAUGCUACUUUAAACUGAAGAAGUAAAUUAAUGUAGGGUAAGCUGAUUUGGAUCAGAAAUCCUAUGAAAAGGGAGGAAACAGGAGAAACAGAAAUCAGAUUUUCUGACAGAUUUCAACAGAUUGAAAAAACUUGUUUAAAAAGUUUCAUAGGAAAAGCCACAAUUGAUACUUGAUUGGCUCUUUUUAAAUUAACUUCAUCAAAAUUUAAAACUGAGACAGAUAUCCACCAUCAUAAAAGAAAAUGUUAUUAAUGUUGGCUUAAGCAAAAACAUAAUUAAGAACGUAAAUCUUGCCCAGAGCUACAUAUGAUACAUUCCAAAGCCAGCUGUCAACUUUUUUCCUGAUUUUCUUGUGUUGUGGAUAAUCUGAUAUUUUUCUACAUUUCAUUAGCCCAGAUAAUCAAGAGUUGAGUAUAUGAAGGGAUGGGGUUCACAAAGCUUGGCUAGAUUUAAAGAAGUAGGCUCAUGCUUUAAGAAGAGGCUGUUUUCGUACGCAGACUGAGAAAGGGAGUUAAAAAUGUAAUCAAAUAAAUGAGGGGAGGAAACAGGAGUGGCGCAAAAAGAAGAAUCCAAGGCAGAUUACCAAGGACAGGUACAAAGAAAUAAUAAAAGCUUGCCAGGGGUGUGAUCAGUAAAGGAGGAAAUGGGAUACAUCUUGCUAUGAAAGGAAGAAGGUGUAAAGGGAAAAAAUACCCUCUAAUAACUCCGCAACAAGAAAGAGGGUAAUGAAACUUUACCUCCUCUUUGAUUGGGGUUACAUACCUCCUUAUAGGUAUCACCAAAAAGUCACAUGAUUUUUUAUUACAUAAAAAAUUUAAUCUUGGGGGAGAGGAAUAGAUAAAGUCAAUUAUGGGCAUAAGUUAUAAUUACAUGAGAUUGUAAAACUUGAAAUUGCCAACGAUCAAUUUAAAAUAGAGGGGGACCCACUGCAAUUUCAGUUGAGUUAUUGGAAAGGGAGGGAUGGGUUAUAAAAAGUUAAAACUUAACUAAAUUGAUUUCUGGAUUAACUACAGAUAUAAUCAAUCAAGCAAAACAUUUAUUAGUGGUACACUAUUUACAUGGACUGAGGUGGAUAUCAAAAGCUCGGGACAUGGGUCCAUGCCCUUAACAAGGAGAGAAGGAGUAUAAGAAUUCUAUGGGAGGUAUGUACAUAUGCAAAGAUAAACAAUUACUGGACAGCUGGGAAGUGCCAAAUUGUGUAAAGGAGAAAGAGAUUGGAGGAUUGGGGAGGUAAUCUUCAUAAAGAUAAUAGAAUUUAACCCUGGCCUUAAAAGAUGGUUAACGUGUGUAUGGAGGAAAGGAAGAGGGGGAGACCAUUCAUCCAACUCUUCAUUCAGCAAAUGUAUUUGGAGCCCCUACUAUGUGCCAGACACAGUUCUCGGAACUGGGCAUACAAAGGAAAGUAAGGUUUUUGCUGUUAUGGAACUUACAUCUUAGUGGGGGAAGACGGAAGAACAAUAAACAAGUAAACACUGCGUGGAAAAUUUGAUGUCAAAUAGUGAUGUCUUGUGAAGAUAGUACUGCUUAAGGUCAAGGAAAUUAUGGAGGGCUAGUUACGGUCGCACUUAUUCUGUAAAUAACCUGUUUUGCCUAUGAUAUCCUGAUGAGUGAUGUUAAUGAUAGAACUUUUUAAUAUUUAUUUGCAGUCCAAAUCAAUUUGAAGUCUACACAUUAACUUCAUCUUUAACCAAUUUUUUAAAAGAAACCUACAUAAUGUUUUUUAGAUUGAAGCCUGCAAGCUUUGAGUUUUUAACUUCUCAUUAAUUUAUCUACAGUUCUUUUGCUGCCAUUUGCUAAGAAUCUCAUAUUUUUGCAGUGAGGUUUAUAUCAUUGUUUACAGUGUUCUUAGGUUUGUGAUAUACUGGGCUGUAUACUUAGAUUAGAUUCUCCAUUAGGAACAAUAGUCACAAUAGUGCUAUAAAGUUAAGCUAAAUUCCAAGUUUGUUUUGAUGGUUCCUCGUAUGAGAACACGUACAACAAAAGAGGUACCCACAGUAUAAGUAAGCUAUUCAGCUUGAUGACCAGCUAGGUGAAGUUGGGUAAAGGAUGACACCUCUCCAAGGUCUUGUCCACAUGGUACAGGAGAUGAAUAGUAAAUCUGCACGGCAUUGGGCUCUGUGUGCUUAGUUGUGUCUCCUUAAAGAUUGGUAGGGGAGUUAGUGGUCUCACUGGAUAUGCUAUCUUAAAAUUCUAUCUUAGAGUUUUUAGUUUUUCUACAGAUAGUAGAAACCUGAAGCAAAAGCGUGAAAUGGUGAGGUCUGGAUUCGUACUCUAGUUAUCUGACUGCCAGGUUUUUUUUUGUUUUUGAGAGGAUGUCUUUUAUGAUGUUAACCAAAAAUUUCUUAGUGCCUAUUUCAUGUUUUUGGACACAUUUAUGAAAUACUUCUCAAGCAUCGUUUAAGAAAUAUGUUCCCUCCCCUUCUCUACUCUUUCUGCGGUUUUAAACUUAAAAAAAUUUACGGGUGAAAUUGAGGUAAAGGAUUCCAAAAAUGAUUUAUAUUAAGUGUGUGUGUGUCUAUGGAACCAAAUCUCUCAAAAAAUUGUCUAUAUAGACCCAACCAAUUUUCAUCUACAAUACAUUCUGAUGUAUUUGGGAUAAGCCUAUGGAAAAGAAAACAAUUUUCAGAGGAGGUAGGAAAUUCUUUAGUGUUGCAUUGAUUUCCUUCUAAAUGAAAUACUCCAUUUAGAAAAGAAUUGUAGAUAUAAAUGCCAGGGGUCUGUGGUGUGUGAGAUAAAAACUAAUGUGACAUGUAGCCUUCAGAAAUAUUUGGGAGGGACGGUAGAACUCAGAUUUGUUUUAGUGUCUUGGUGAGGGGUGGGACAAACUGCAGUCUACAGAAAAAAGAUGCACCGUAAAUUGAAAUGGUAUAUGGCAAGGUAAUUAGUGUUAAAUGUCUCCAUUCUUUCCCUUACAAUUAAUAGAGAAAGACAGAGAGAGUUAUAUGCUACUUAUUGUUUGCAUUGUAUAAAUUAAAACAAAAAUACAACUCAUGUCCUAGGCUUUUGAUAAAUGUUUGCUGAAUAAAUUGAAUUAAAUUUCACAACGGUUACUUUUAACUGUGGUUCCAUUAUAUCUCGAGCUUAGAACACUGUUUUUUGAGCUUUGAGUUGAAGUCUGCAGGAGGUCGCCUUACGGCCUUGGGCACCUGAUUGUUUCAGCAGUCUGUUCAUCCUAGAACCUGGACCCUGACCUUACCUCCAGCUUGCCUGACCCUGUGGCUGACCUGACCUCAUCUUUUCCGAAAUGGCAGAUGAGGAAACUGAGACCUUAGAGAGACUGAGUAAUUGAUCCAAAUCCCAAAGCAAGCAAGAAGUGGCGCCAGAACUGGAGCUGAGAUCUGCUGACUCAUUUUCAGGCUUUUCAGUUCAGUGUGAAGCUGUCGGAGCGAGGGAGCAAAGGUAAAGAAUGAUGUAAUGAACUGGCCGCCCUAAAGCAUCUUUUGUUGUGGCAUGGUUAUUCCAGUCAUCUCUUUAUGAAUCAGAUGUGAGGGGCUGCUUUGUGGAAGGAAUCCUUUGCAAGAGCACAUCAGCGGGAAAGAGAAAGAGACAUUCACUUGGAGGGCUCUUGCUGAAAAUGGGUUUAACUCUCCUUUUGCCAGUCACCACCAGCCUGACCUCAUACAGUUGUAGUACAAUGGAGUGGCUGAGCCUUUGAGCACACCACCAUUACAUCAUCGUGGCAAAUUAAAGAGGGAGGUGGGAAAAGAGGACUUAUUGUUGUCAUGGCCCAUGAGAUGAUUGGAACUCAAAUUGUUACUGAGAGGUUGGUGGCUCUGCUGGAAAGUGGAACGGAAAAAGUGCUGCUAAUUGAUAGCCGGCCAUUUGUGGAAUACAAUACAUCCCACAUUUUGGAAGCCAUUAAUAUCAACUGCUCCAAGCUUAUGAAGCGAAGGUUGCAACAGGACAAAGUGUUAAUUACAGAGCUCAUCCAGCAUUCAGCGAAACACAAGGUCGACAUUGAUUGCAGUCAGAAGGUCGUAGUUUACGAUCAAAGCUCCCAAGAUGUUGCCUCUCUGUCUUCAGACUGUUUUCUCACUGUGCUUCUGGGUAAACUGGAGAAGAGCUUCAGCUCAGUUCACCUGCUCGCAGGUGGGUUUGCCGAGUUCUCCCGUUGUUUCCCUGGCCUCUGUGAAGGAAAGUCCACUCUAGUCCCCACCUGCAUCUCUCAGCCUUGCUUACCUGUUGCCAACAUUGGGCCAACCCGAAUUCUUCCCAAUCUCUAUCUUGGCUGCCAGCGAGAUGUCCUCAACAAGGAGCUGAUGCAGCAGAAUGGGAUUGGCUAUGUGCUGAAUGCCAGCAACACCUGUCCCAAGCCCGACUUCAUCCCCGAGUCGCACUUCCUGCGAGUGCCUGUGAAUGACAGCUUCUGUGAGAAGAUCCUGCCGUGGUUGGACAAAUCCGUAGAUUUCAUCGAGAAAGCAAAGGCCUCCAAUGGGUGUGUCCUCGUGCACUGCUUGGCUGGCAUCUCCCGCUCCGCCACCAUCGCCAUCGCCUACAUCAUGAAGAGGAUGGACAUGUCCUUAGAUGAAGCUUACAGAUUUGUGAAAGAAAAAAGACCUACUAUAUCUCCAAACUUCAAUUUUCUGGGCCAACUCCUGGACUAUGAGAAGAAGAUUAAGAACCAGACUGGAGCAUCAGGGCCAAAGAGUAAACUCAAGCUGCUGCACCUGGAGAAGCCGAAUGACCCUGCCCCUGCAGCCUCAGAGGGUGGACCGAAAAGCGACCUGUCCCUCAGUCCACCCUGUGCCAACUCUGCUACCUCAGAGGCAGCAGGGCAACGGCCUGUGCAUCCUGCCAGUGUGCCCAGCGUGCCGCCAUCACUGCUAGAGGACAGCCCGCUGGUACAGGCGCUCAACGGGCUCCACCUGGCCUCAGACAAGCUGGAAGACAGCAAUAAGCUCAAGCGUUCCUUCUCUCUGGAUAUCAAAUCCGUGUCGUACUCAGCCAGUAUGGCAGCAUCCUUGCAUGGUUUCUCCUCAUCAGAAGAUGCUCUGGAAUACUACAAACCUUCCACCACUCUGGAUGGGACCAACAAGCUAUGCCAGUUCUCUCCGGUCGAGGAAGUGUCGGAGCAGACUCCGGAAACCAGCCCAGAUAAGGAGGAAGCCAACGUCCCGAAGAAACCUCAGACCGCCAGGCCUUCAGACAGCCAGAGCAAGCGCUCACAUUCAGUAAGAACCAGCAACAGUGGUGCCACCCAGAGGUCCCUCUUGUCUCCGCUGCAUCGAAGCGGGAGUGUGGAGGACAACUACCAUACUAACUUCCUCUUCGGCCUUUCCACCAGCCAGCAGCACCUCGCAAAGUCCGCCGCCGGGCUGGGCCUCAAGGGCUGGCACUCGGACAUCCUGGCUCCCCAGACCUCCACCCCGUCCCUGGCCAACAGUUGGUAUUUUGCCACGGAGUCCUCUCACUUCUACUCCGCCUCCGCCAUCUACGGGGGCAGCGCCAGUUACUCCGCCUACAGCUGCAGCCAGCUGCCCACCUGCAGCGACCAGGUCUAUUCCGUGCGCAGGCGGCAGAAGCCAAGCGACCGAGCUGACUCACGGCGGAGCUGGCACGAAGAGAGCCCCUUUGAAAAGCAGUUUAAACGCAGAAGCUGCCAGAUGGAGUUUGGAGAGAGCCUCAUGUCGGAGAACAGGUCGCGGGAAGAGCUGGGGAAGGUGGGCAGCCAGUCCAGCUUCUCAGGCAGCAUGGAGAUCAUCGAGGUCUCCUGAGAGGACGGCCUCUGUGACUUCCAUGGACAGCUUUUUUCUUGUUCACAAAAAAUAUUCCCUGUAAAUCUGAAAUAUAUAUAUGUACAUACAUAUAUAUUUUUGGAAAAUGGAGCUAUGGUGUAAAAGCAAAAGAUGGAUCAACAGUUUUUCUCUUAACAUCCGCAUUUGAGAGAUCCGCUCAUAUUUCUCUCAACAAAGUGGAAGGGCACGUGGCAGGUUCUCCCCUAGAUAGAUGAAACGAUUUUAUGCAGUGAAUUGCACAUCCUCUUGUUCUUAGUGAAUCGAGUUUUAUUUGGUGUUGGAGACAGAAUCCCCUACCAGUUGUUGUGCUACAAAGAAAUCUCAAAUGCUAGCCCUCGUCCAGUCCCUUCCAUCGUGCACCUUAGCGCUGAGACUGAGCCAGCUUGAGGGUCAGGUGGGUAGACCCUUUUAGGGACAGAACCUAAUGGUAAAUCCAAGAGAAAUGAUCAAUUCCAAAGCUAACGAAUUCCCGCUCACCUGACGGCCGAGUGACGCGAGCAUCAUUCUGCUGGACGGACCGUGCGGGGCCUUGCCAAGGUCGCGUUUAGAGCAAACCAGUACCUCAGAGUGAAAGUCGGGGCGUUCCCACCGCACGUCUGGUAGCCCAUGUUCUAGGCAUUGUGACCAGUAGGGAGCUAGUCCCGCUUGUCAGACCAAUUUAAACUGUCCAUGCACAGAUGUCCAGCUGGGCCCGGAUGGAGGGAGUCCACUUUUUCUUUCUUCUUCUCAGCUUUAUGAAGAAAGAGAAGGGAAGCCAUCUGGGAUUCAGUUUAACAGCCAGGAAUCUGGCAGUGCAAUGAUUUAAGCUAAGGUUGGGAGGCUAAACAAGUCUUACUUCCCUCUUUAUAAAUCAGAGAAUUGUUCAAAAUGGGAUUGUUAAUCCUUUAAAUAGAGAUUAACUUGGUUUCAAGCCAGAUGUGAGUUUUUGGUAGCAGAACAGCAGCACCUCCAGGUUCCCAGCCACAGUAGGUGUUUUCCAUUUCUGUUUCCCUGCACAGAUACAUUUUGUAAAAAUGUGACAAUAAGGUAGAAUUUUAUAGGAAACUACCAGAGGGAGAAAAACGAAGGAAAGAUUGAAGAAAGUAAAAUUGCUGAGGAGCAGCAGGGAGCUGUUGUUUUCUGGAUGUUUCCUUUCCCCUCAGCACGCGAGGAGGGUGGCGUGCCUGUGAUUCCCUUAGAGUUGCAGACUCGCUGGUGGGGCUGGGGGCCCGAGUGAGCAGGGACUGGGCAGAAUCAAACGGCGUGGGAGGCAAGGAGAGAGCGGCUGGACUGUGUUUCGCUGUGAGCGGAGUGGGAAGCCACAGCUGAGCUAUUCUCAGAAAUCGUCCCCAGCACUUUCUUAGUAGAAAGGACAUAGCAAAAUGGAGUGGGCCCACGGCCGCUCAGCCCUUGACCUACAAUCACUGUACAGAACCAGUCCUGGCAGCUGAAAGAGGAGGUGAUUAGAACCAGUACACAAGUGACAGGACAGAUCUGCUUUUAAACUUCCUGGCUUGAGUUCUCUCAACAGUGUGGUCCUCUUCUGAAACCUUCACUCACGUCAGCAGCUUUGGGGGUGGGGGGGGGUUAUCUUUGUUCUUUACUGUAAGUGUAGCUAGUUGCUGACUCAUAUCUCAGGUUUUUCUAUGUUUGAGAAAUGGACAGUCCUUUGACUAGGAUGUGACUUAAUGUUUCCUAUGGUGACUGCUAAAACCAGCACAGAAUGACGUGAUUCAAAACUGACUUGAUCAUGACGAUGACCUUCACUGAACUGGUUAUGCACAAGUGACAUGCUGUGAGGGGGGGCAGAAAAAGGGUAACUGAGUGCAUCGUUACCUUACUGAAAAAACUGUUAAAUGAUCUGAGUUGGUUUUUCUGUGUACAUUUAAAUUUUGGAUGUAAUCAGACAUUCUCACGGUUUCACACAGCAAUUUUUGAUGUGUUAUGUGUACACACACCAAAUGGCUAACAGCUCUCUGUUUGCAGAGUCUGGUCACAACUGUCAGACACGUUUCAGAAGUGAAAGCAAUAGCUCCAAUGUUAGUAUGUUUCGGGAGGGUUGGGGACGUGGUUUUCACGAGAUCUUUGGGCAGGAAUUUGCCUCCCAUCAUUUGGGAUUUCUCUCGGCCACGCUCCCCUUCCUUCCUGUGACUGUGAUGUAGUCAUACACUACAGCCUUUAGUCCUUGAUUGCUAACGUCCAACAAUCAGUUCUCAGAAUGAAGACCAACCUGCGGAAGGGGUGGCCUCAGAGCGGCCUGGAGCUGACGGGCGUCGCAGGCCACGUGGGGCAGCUCGCUUCGGCGCGUAAUCGUAGGGGAGGCCCUGCAGUCUGCUAGGAGGAUACAGAAUGGUGAUUUUAAAGAGCAAACUAGACUUCUAUGUGAGAAAUGCUGGAAAAUGGUUUAGGACAUUUGUAAAGUUAGGUGGAAAGACUGUACAAAUGUUUAAUAUGAAUAUAGUGUUCCUUGGGAAUAAGGCAAGCUGUUGAAUGGUUAAAUUGUGCAUUUCUCAUUUUGAUGUGUCAUGUAUGUUAAUAUGAUGAAAUAAAAUCAAAACUGGUACCUGUUUAUACAUAAAUAUGAGAAAGGACCUCUCUUUGCAGCUGUAAACUUCUUGGGAACAGCAGCAUCCAAGUUGUGAAAGGAGGCCGUAGUGGGACCUGUUCUGCUCCUCUCACAGCAAAGAGUUUAGCUCAAAAUAAAGUGUAGGGCCGCCCCAGUGGCGUAGUGCUUAAGUUCACAUGCUCUGCUUUGGGGGCCCAGAGUUCACAGGUUUGGAUCCCAGGCAUGGACCUACACACCGCUCAUGAAGCCAUGCUGUGGUGGUGUCCCACACAGAAAAUAGAGGAAGACUGGCACAGAUGUUAGGGCCAGUCUUCCUCACAAAAAAUAAAGAAGUGUUGAGGUCAUCAGAUUGUGCUCCGUUAUUCACAUGAAACGUGGGAUCAUUAGCUAACAAUUCAGUGCCAGCCUUCAUUCUUUCCUGUGUCUACCAGAUGCACACUACGCUGUAGAAACUUAAGGCACUUGGUGAAUAUUUGGUGACUGAAUCCAGAAUAAGUCCAGAGUAAGAAGAAAAAAGACCAGAUACAUAUUCGUGGUACAUUUUAAUAUAAUAUGUAAAUGGUUUUAUAAUUCUUGUAGGGAAAACAAGGGAAAGUUAUUAAAGAUCUGUUCCCCAUC